AUGGCAAAUUCCAGCCAAGAAUCAAAGAAUUUUAGUAAUGAUGAGUACCAAGCCGUUAUCGAAGGCUUGAAAAAGAUUUACAGUCAAAAAAUCAAGUCUCUUGAAACUACUUAUAAUUUUGAGGGAUUUCAUUCACCUCCGCUAACAGAUAGUGACAUAGAAGCAAAACCUAUCAUAUUACUCAUGGGACAAUAUUCGACUGGAAAAACCACUUUCAUAAAAUACUUAUUAGAAAAAGAGUAUCCUGGAAGUCACAUCGGUGUAGAACCAACGACGGAUCGAUUUGUUGCUGUAAUGGGUGGGGUGGAAGAAAAGAUCAUUCCUGGCAAUGCUGCAGCCGUAGAUUCACACCUACCUUUUCGAGGACUCAAUAAAUUUGGACAAGCAUUUUUAACGCGAUUUCAGGUUUCACAAUUUCCAAGUCCUAUCCUUGAGAAUAUGUCGAUAAUUGAUACUCCUGGUAUUCUAGCUGGCGACAAACAACGACUUGACCGCGGGUAUGACUUUACCUCUGUGAUCGAAUGGUUCGCUGAAAGAGCGGAUUUGAUCUUACUAUUUUUUGACUCUCACAAAUUGGAUAUUUCAAAUGAAUUCAAAUUGGCGAUCACUUCAUUGAAAGGACAAGAAGAAAAGGUCAGAGUGUUACUUAACAAAGCCGAUAUGGUUGAUGGUCAACAAUUGAUGCGUGUGUAUGGUGCUAUGAUGUGGUCACUGGGAAAAGUUGUCCAGACCCCUGAAGUAAUGCGAGUUUAUCUUGGGUCAUUCUGGUCAGAUAAACCUUCUAAUUCAUUCGAUGAUUGUAGAACAUUACUUGAUGCUGAGCAAAAAGAUCUGCUCAGAAGUCUCCGUGAAUUACCACAUAACGCUACUAUCAGAAAAAUCAAUGAGAUUGUUAAGCGAGCGAGAAUUUCAAAGGUGCAUGCUUAUAUCAUUGGACAUUUGAAAAAAGAAAUGCCCUCUAUAUUUGGCAAGGAAUCCAAACAAAAGGAACUUAUUGAAAAAUUAGAUAAAGAAUUUGUAAAAAUUCAACACCGUUAUCACUUAGCACCUGGCGAUUUUCCAAAUCUGGAGCGAUUUAAAGCUGGUCUUAGUGUAUACAAAUUUGAUAAAUUCAACAGCUUGAAAUCUCAACUUAUUGACAAGGUUGAUGAUGCGUUGUCUAGCGAUUUACCAAAACUUAUGUCUAAAGUCCCGCAAGGAAAUAGAAUGUUACCAGCAUCUGAACGUAAUCCUUUCGAUAUGACAUUAACAGUGAAAAAUAACGCUCGAUUAGAUCUACCACCAAGUUACUGGGAUUUCUCAGCAGUUAACAAACAAGAAGCUCUAGCACAAUUUAAUGCUAUGAAACCAAAUAAUGGUAAAGUAAGCGGAGAAUCAGUUAAACCGGUAUUGAUGGAAACAGGAUUAGAAAAGGCUGUAUUAGCAAAGAUUUGGAAAUUGGCAGAUUGGGAUGAAGAUGGGUACAUGGAUAUUGAUCAAUUUGCGGUGGCCUUACAUCUUUGUAAAGCCGUUACGAGUGGUGGUGAAAUACCAGAGGAACUACCGCCGACUUUGAAACCUAGCAGCAAACUUUAA